AUGGCGCAAAUGGCUCCCGCGCUCGCCGAAACAGCAGCGUCUCCAAGUUCGAACCGCAAUAUUUCAUCUUCGAGUGUCCAAAAUCCCUUGAGAGAAACGUAUAUCGAAGAAGGAAGAACGAUAGACAACUCCAAGCUGCAGAUAAAGUCUACAACGUCGCAUCACAACGGCUUUUGUCGAUCUAUGGCAAAGAGUAAUAUAAAGUCCUCUGCUGGCAAGCGUGUGUUAGACGAGUCACACAAGUUGAACAACUUGCCUGACACGGUUAAUAACACUCCGGAAUCAACAAAAUUAAGAAAACUUGAUAGCCAAAUUGUGCCUGUAGCCUCUUGUGGGGAGAAUACAAACGCAAGGGAACAAAUUCAGCCGAUUUCUGCUCGAAAAGAAACGCUUAUUUCUACGCCCACCCGGAUCCCAAUAACAACAACAAAAACAUGUGGUUCGAACUCGCCGAGGAAUCGAAGUAGCUGUCAGACUUCGGACAAUAAAAGUGAUGAUGAAUCGCGACAGAGACAUUUGUUUCCUUGUCCAAAGCCCUCGCCGCGACUUUUGUUGGAGAAAAAAGUGAAAAAUGUUGGUCUGAGUCAAGCACGUAUUGCUGCUCGUUGCCGCAAAUUGGAACGAAGACUGCGUACAUUGCAGUCACGGCAAUUGGAAACUCACGUCACAGAUCAACUACAAUCCUUCGCUCUGAAUCGUAGAAAGUCCCAACAAGCUUCCUCUCGGCAAAAACACGAGCAACCGAAACAGGACUUAUUAACACAGCCUUCGAGUCAACUGCAGGAAGAAACUUCUUCGAGUGACACGCCGUCCAAGUCAUUGGCUCGUAUCGGAGAGGAACUACCUUCGAAUGCCUCGUCAGGGCAGAAGAACGUCGGUAAACAUACCGAAUUGGGGGAGAAUAAUCUCAAAAGUGAAUCUGGUAGGAAUAUUUCGAGCAACAAUGAUAAGGAAGCCGAAGGCAAUGCAGCUCGAACAUUAGUCUGUCAACUUGAGCUUGCUGAACAUGUGGGCGACUCUGAUGCGACCGAAUGUAGCUCGGGUGCCGAAAGCUGUGAUGAAAUGGAUUUUAAUAUUGCAAAUACCGAAUCUAAAGCUAAAGGGUAAGUACAAAUUGAUAGUAUAUUUCAAACUGCUACCAAAUAUUCGAUUUUCAUAUUUCGUAUUAAACUUAAACCGGAAACGAAUGAGUCCAACAGCAUGGCAUGUACCUAAUAAACACACAGGACACGUCUUUGCCAAUUUUAAGGAUGUCUUGUACAAAGUGCCUUCAAUAUUAAACUUGAACUCAUUCGUUUGUGGUUUUGUUCUUAUUGCUUAACUCAAAUUUUACCUUAAAAGUGUAAUGUGAAAUUGGCAAUUCUAAUAUUAUGCAAUUUGAGGUAUUGCAAUGCUAAUGGCGAUUACAUCAUUACAUUGCUGUUACUUCCUCUCUGUAAAAAUAUCUCAUAAUAAUUAUGACAGGACUGGCACCUUGGAUCAUUUUCAGAAUUCCAGCAAAGUUCAUUGUUUUGGAUAUAAUGUAUAUUUUAAGCAUGGAUAAAUAUCAGGAUUUUGGGCACAAUGGGUCGUUCCAGAAAAGAUCCACACUCCCCCCACAGAGGAAAUUAAGACAGAGGGGUUAACUUCCAAUUUCCUCCGUGGGGGUGGUAUGGAUAUUUUCUGGAAUGACCCAAUCACUCGAUAUAACAAAAUGUCGAAGGGAUUUCUCAUUUCUAGAUGGAAAUUUCUGGUGGAAUUUUAGACCUAAUCAGGAGUAGUUGCAAAAAAUGCAACUGUUGGCCCUCCCCUCCAGCAGGAAUUGAACCUUCGGCCCUGAGAUUCUGGUGCAGUGCUCUAACCGACUGAGCUACGGAGGCCAGUGCCGCACAGGAAUUGCAGGACCACAGGUUCAAUUCUUGCAAGAGGGCCAAUAAUUGUAUAAGCUCUAAUAAAUGUAUAAAAAUUCCACUCGGAAUUUCCACAAAUUCAAAUGGAUCAUUCCAGAAAACAUCCAUACCUCCUCCCCACCCACCCCACCCCCCUACGGAGGAAAUUGGAUGUUAACUCCCCUACCCCCUUCAGAUGCCCUAAUACACUUACUAGUUAUCAGAAACAUUUUUUUCUCCCCUCCGGACGGCAGAAAUUUCCUCCGUGGGGGGAGUGUGGAUCUUUUCUGGAACGACCCAAUGAUAGUAUAAAGUUUUACAUUCAAAAUACAAGAUUCUUCCCACCCCUGCUUCUGAAUCCAUUUUCAUUUAUUAAAUUCUGUACUACAUGAUGACGGCGGAUAUGAUUUUUUUGGAACGUUAUCUGAAUCAAAUGAGGAUGAGAGUGUAUGUGAAUUGGUAAUCAUGUUACCUGGGUUAGUUUUUCUUAAUGCUUUCCCAACAAGUCAAAAUGUAGUUGGGCCACUCGUCAAACCUUCAUUCUGUUAAGCUAUGUACGGUUUAAAUAUCCCCUGUACCAAUUUGUGACUGCCAACUCUCUCAUCAAUUCUCAUAUGACCGGGCUUUAGUUUCUUUUACUUUUGUAUGAUAAAUUAUUGCUAAUGAUUCCAGCUAAAGUUCACCAUUUGGUAGACACUACAGCAAUACAAUACAAAAUGCAAUAUGAAAGGAUCUUGUAUUUAGUGAUUGCCAUAAUCAGAAAUUACUGAUUAUUCAUGCGAUAAUCUACCCAAUUAUACCAAUUUAAUAAUGACAUCAUAAUGUCAGUCAGUGCUUUCAAUCUUUAAACUAUAAUUUCCAACAUGAGGUGGUAAAGUUCUGCUUGACAACCAAAGUUUCUUAUUAAAACCGUUCAUAAAUGGCACACUUCAUCAUUAAUUUUGUCGUGACAACAUAUUGCUUUAAUUAAAAUGCAACAGGUAUUAAAGCGCAUUGUGUAUACCGUAAUUUAAAGUAUUAUUUUCUUAAAGAUGAUUUCCACUCCGUUCUGCUCUAGUGCUGUGCAAACUCUGGUUUUUCAUCUCCGGUCGAAUUACAGCUCUGAGCUCCGGCUCCGGCCACAUCAUAAAAUAUUAAAUAAAUGUUUUACGAUCAGAGAACAUUUAUUAAUAUUAUUAUGAAUAACCCUUUUCGCGCUUCCUAAUUAUCAGAUAACGUAACUCAGGAAACAAAAGAGUGAAAACACUUAACCAGGCGGAAAAUAUCUAUAUGGAAACCAGCCUCGAAAAAUCUUUGACACGAGGCAUGACGCUAACACUCUCAGACUACACAGCGCAAUUGUUUGCACGCAAACAAAGUACUCUGUCAUUUUCAAAAGGUUGAUAUUUAUUUGUUUUGUACUUUUUCGUUAUCUACAAGGCAUGAAUGCACAGACUACAGUAUGUAGCGCUAAGUCAGAUGGCUUCAUGAAAGCAUGACGUUUGUAAGUUGCGAUCGUAUUACAGCUUUUCGACGCUGUUCCUGUGGGCUGUGGCAGUUCAAGUCUAUGAUGAAUUCAUUAACAGCAAUUGGCAGUUCGCAGUAACUAACAAUCGUUUGACAUUUGUCUCAUUUCAUAUUGUUUUCUUGUCAUUUUGCCGGAGCUGGGAAUACGUAACUCGGGCUCCGGCAUACAAAAUUUUGCUCCGACGUCGGAAAAACCGCCGGAGCUCCGGCAGAACUCCGGCGCACAGCACUAUUCUGCUCAUAACAAAAGGGGGGCCCCCAACCAGAUAUAAGUGGGUUCAAAUAAAUUGUCUUGUCCCAAAUUUUGCAUCUUUCAAACUUUUUUGAAUUUAUAUUCAUUUACAAGUAUUGUGAACUGGAAGAUAGUAUAUCAUAUUUUACAAACAUAGCAGUUCAAAACAUAAACAAGGUUUGUGCAUGCGCACAGGAGUGAACAUCAUUUUUAACAAUCUGUUUUACACCAAUUGUCUACCAAUACAGAGCUUUCAAAAUAAGCUUGCGGCCGCCAGAGCUCUGGCAAGUGGCACAAGAUUUACCACCGGUUACUUUUUUCCAUAUGUGAAACAUCAAUUCUGCCCUCCUUCCUCCACACUAAGGUUUCAAACAAAGUUAUUUUUCCUCAAGCAGGUCUACUUUAUGUCCUGAUUAUUUGAGAAAACUACAUACAAUUUUGUAAAACUGAUUUAGUUAUUUGCCAUGUUGAAUCAUGAAGUCGUUUUGUUGAAGAAUGAAAGUAGUGAUAGAUUAUAACUUGGUUGUGUUAUUAUCUAAUCAAUAUGCACUGAUUAAUUUGGAUGACUUUAAGAAUCCCUGGACCACACUUCCCGCAGCCGCCUACUUAUCAACACAAAAUCGCCAUGAUACCUUACAGAUUAUUGGUCAGUCAAUACUUGUAUUUUGAUUAUAAUCCAAUCUCGUUCCCCAAGCCUGCGAUCCUCGGGAAUGAACGCGAGGCUCUGGGAUAAUCCAUUUCAGGAAGGAAUCUGAUUGGCCGGAAUGGAAUGCGUAGUUCAAUCUUAGCCAGGAUUCCUGGCUUCUGGCAACAGAUUAUCCCAGAGCCUCGUGUUCCUGCCCGAGGAUCGCAGGCUCGGGGAACGAGAUUGAUUGUAAUCAUGAUAAUCCGGCAAUUGCAGUAUUCAUAGAGAAGCAAUUCAGGUAUUUCCUUGUUUUCUUUUGUCAGCCUAAAAAUAUAAGCACAGUAUUUGACAUUUCAACUGAAGGGUCUUCACUUGAAAUGUUCAAAUACAGUAUUCUGCUCAAAUUUUCUAGGCUGAUGAAAAUAAUUCCCCCAGUUGCUUCCUUUUUGAACUUGUAGUUUUAUCAGCUUUUCCUAACGCCCCAUAUCUGGCUGCAUUUAAAGAGGAGGUGGUCAGUCAUUAGAAUGCUGGUGCCCCCUCCUCAUUAGCAUGCUGGUGCCCCCUCCUCAUUAGCAUGCUGGUGCCCCCUUUGCUCAUUCAACAAUAAACUUCAGAAUUCAGGCCAUCAGCAGGGACGUCGCUAUAGGGGGGGAGUGGGGGGUGUAACAUCCCACCAAUAAUUCAAACGUUGGUCAAAGUUGGUCAAAAUAGAACUGAUAUUUGCCCAAAUUUGGUCAAACUGAAACUGAUAUUUGCUUAAAAUUGAAGGUAAAACUCGGUAAAAUUUGGUAAAAGUUUGGGAUAAAAGAUGGUCGAAGUAGGUCAAAGUUGUGAAAUGGUUCGCAAUUUUAACAAUUUUAAAGCUUUUGUUAUGUUUGCAGUGAAAAAAUUGGGAGCCUACAGUAGCUUAUCCUGAAAAUAUUGGUCAAAACAUGACGACGACCCCUCCUCCCCAGUGUUGAUGGCUUCGCGACGUCCCUGGCCAUCAGUAGGCAAAUGCCAACAUGAUGGCUGACCUAUUGUCAUCUUAGUCAAAAAGUUUUUGCCAACCAGCAUUUAGUAUUUUCUGAUGCAAUUUUAAAUAAAAAAAGAAAAGCAAAUACACUAACAUUGUUGCAAUUACAUAUUCAAAGUUUCAAACUUAAAGGAAAAUAUAUUCUAAACUUUGCAUAAGAACAAAAAGUUUUUGGGCCAAAAAAAUAAAUACCUGGGUUACCUAUUUCUUGUUGCAAAAACUUAGGUAGGGUAGGUCGGGUUUUCUUUUUUAUAAAUGCUCGUGUAUGAGAGUGAUAAUUCUAUGUAAAUUACGAAAGUACAGAUGACACAAACAUUUGUUAAAUGUUAUAUCAGCUUUGAAACAAACAGGUUGCACUUUCUAUAACUAGUACAAAACUAAUGCCACAAACUGGGUAUGAAAAAUUGCUCUAAACUCUUUGCAAACUUCAGAUAAAAAGAUUAGGCCCAUGUGAUUUCAGUUAGCCAAAGGCUAGGUAGGGUCAUGAAACCAGAAACCAUAACUAUUUUUUCUUUGGCCUAAGUUAUGUUUUGGUUUGUAAAGUAUAUAAAUUUUAUAAAUUUGAAUUCGCCAAUGUAUUGCCAACUAUUAAUAAACGUAAGCAGAUCCUGGCAUCUUUUGCUAGGAUCCCACUUAAAAUGAAUGAAAACUCUCCAUAUUGGGGGGGUAAUUCCAUUUUUUUCCUUUGUCUUGUGCCUGUAAGCCUCGUAAGUACGUUUCUGUAUGUUGGCAGCAUUCAAGUGUCGUGUGGGUUCCUGUGAACACGUUUUUCUUCAAGUUUCCAAUUAAACUCCUACGUUGUUAAAAACAUGAAAUUUCGGGUUCAUUUAUAGAAAAAUUAACUUGCAGCAUACUGCUUAGAAAAGCUUACAAAAAAUAAAAUAAGACAUUUGAACGGUUACCUACAGUACUCAUGAAAAUUUGGGCAGGUCCUUGAAACUCCUGCAAUCUCUUUCCAGCUGUGCUGAUAAUACUUGAACAUCACCUACUAUUGAUUUCGAGGGUUUCAAAAAGCAAAAUGCAUGCCAUUUUCAAAAAUGUUUCCGGUUUUACGAUCCUUGAAUUUACCGAUGAACAUUGUUGAAAUUCCAGGAAAAGUUCUUGCAUUUUAUCUUCACUAAAAGACAGAAACCCUGAUUAUUACUUUAAGAUACAGUGAGUAGUAGACUGAUUCCUUGAGUAGUAUGGGCCAGUUUGUAGGAUUUGUUCUUAACCCUGCCAAAAUAAUUUGUUCCUAAAUUUUUUGCCUUCUACCAAAAAUGCUAUCUUUCAUCAAAUAAACAUGAACAGCUUGUUGUAGUAAGUUAGCAUCAGUAUGCAAACCCUACUAGCAAUAUUUUAAUAUUUAUUUUGACGGGAUUGAAAAUUGCAUCUUUAGGUUUCCAGACUGCCGCUCUACUACAAACUACAAAGAACUUUUUGUGACCACUUAACUCGAGAGAACAAAUAUCCUGCUCGGCACUUGAAACAAUACAUUUUUCGUUGUAUUAUACUCUGCAAUAAAUAUGAGAUCUGAGAAUGAUUCUGAAAUAAGUUCGCAUAUAGUAUUCAGUAAAAGUUCGCAAAUUCUAUUCCCAUAUUCUAUAAAUAUUAUAACGUUUGUUUUGAUAUGUAAUUGAAUUAUUUUUCAGAUCGUCAAGUCCUUUAACCCAGUUCUAUUCUGACCGGGGAAGUAUAGCAUCAAAAUGGACCUGGCUUCGAUCACAAGUCAUAGACAUCGAACGGAGGAUACGUAGAUGUGAGGAGACUUACAAAGCUGUUCGUGUUAAAAAGACUCCAAUACAUCUUGACAAACAAAGACAUGUUGUGGACAACAAAGUAAUGGUUUCCAUGGCAAACAAAAGUGCAAAUGAUCUACUCGUGGACACUGCAAACAUGCUAAACAAUCGGAAAGUUCAUCCGGACUUGAGUAGCAGUAUGAUAUUGAAUUCAAUAACACCUGACAAUGCAUUUCCACGAAAUUCGAACAUCCCACUGCUGGCAGAGAAGGAUAAAAUGAACUUGCACCUGAACGCUCAAAAAUCUAGCAUCCAACAUGAUAAUGAUCAUAUCAACUCUUGUACGGCUGCCAGAACUAGAUCUGUACAGCAAUGGCAAAAGAGGAAAUUGUUCAAUUUGUCUAAAAUCGAGAAACCAAGUGCAAGUAUGCUUUGUUCGUGCGGGGACUCCUGGACACCUUGUGUACUAUGUAGGCGAAGUUCUCCGAACUUGCCGAAAUUGACACAACGACAAGACAUAAGAGAUAGGGUUGCACUUGUGGAUUUGUCUUAUCAUCCUGUACUAUCAUUUGAGUCAG